AAAAGGGUUAGAAAACAUCAAACAGGCUAGUAGCGCAGUCCGCUGCUUCCGGUCGUGCGUGUGCUUGUGACGUGACGGCGUGCCGCGUGCUCUCUAGCGGCGGUGGCUCGAAACUUACAGCAACAGCAGUCGACACGCACGUCUUCGCCAGCAGCCUCUUCCGUUUCGUUGCAUGGACAAGACAGCAUGAGUGCACCAGCCGCUCCGACACUGCACCGAGGAAUCGUCAAACAGGUCCUGUCAGGGGACUCUGUGGUGAUCCGAGGCCCACCCAAGGGAGGCCCGCCACCCGAGAAGACGAUCCUGCUGUCCAACAUCCUGGCACCAAAGUUGGCCCGCCGUGCCACCACCAACAAUGAAGAAACCAAGGAUGAGCCUUUUGCUUGGGAAGCUCGUGAAUAUCUGAGGAAAAAGCUGGUCGGCGAAAGUGUGCUUUUCACCCUCGAGAAGCCCCCUAACGCCACGAGGGAGUACGGCGUCAUCUACUUGGGCAAAGAUGUGGCGAGCGGAGAAAACGUCGUCGAGUCGCUGGUGUCGGAGGGCCUGGUCUCCGUGCGAGUGCGGGAUCCGUCGCGCCCCAGCCCUGAGCAGGCGCGUCUUCUUGAGGUGGAAACGGCCGCCAAGAGCGCAGGCAAGGGCAAGUGGGCGGCGAAUGCGGCUAGCCACGUGCGCGAUUGCAAGUGGAACAUCGAAAACAUGAAGCACUUCGUUGAGCGCAAUCAGGGCAAGCCGAUCAAGGCCAUCGUCGAGCACGUCAGGGAUGGAUCCACCGUCAGGGCGUUCCUGCUGCCUGACUUCUACCACAUCACCCUCAUGAUUUCCGGCAUCAGGUGCCCUCAGACCAAGUUGGAGAACAAUGCUACCUCGGUUUCUCAGCCCUACGGAGAUGAAGCCAAGUUCUUUGUUGAGUCCAGGUUGCUGCAACGCGAAGUUGAGAUCAUCUUGGAGUCUAUCAACAACAACAACUUUGUCGGCUCAAUUGUGCACCCAAAAGGCAACAUUGCCGAGACUCUUCUGCUGGAGGGCUUCGCGCACUGCGUGGACUGGUCGAUGGCUCUUGUGAGCGCUGGAGCAGACAAGCUGCGCGCCGCCGAGAAGCAGGCCAAGGAGAAGCGUGUGCGGCGGUGGAGGGACUGGACGCCGAGCGCCUCGUUGCAGCUUAGCGGCAAGGAGAAGGAGUUCACCGCCACCGUGAUGGAGAUUGUUGGCGGAGAUGCGAUGGUUGUCCGUCUGUCCAACGGCCAGGACAAGAAGAUCUUCCUGGCCUCAAUCCGGCCCCCCAGGCUGCCGGAAGAGAAGCCCAAGGAGGGAGAGGCGCCCAAGCCGCCACAGCCGCGUGACAAGUCCUUCCGACCGCUCUACGACAUUCCUCACCUUUACGAGGCCAGAGAGUUUCUGCGCAAGAAGCUUGUUGGCAAGAAGGUCAACGUCGUCGUUGACUACGUGCAGCCGGCCUCUGACAAAUUCCCUGAAAAGACUUGCUGCACUGUCACCAUUGGAAAUGCCAAUGUUGCCGAAGCCAUGGUCUCGAAGGGCUUGGCCUCCGUCAUCAGGUACAAGCAGAAUGAUGACCAGCGAUCCUCGCACUAUGAUGAGCUUCUCUCUGCCGAGACCAAGGCCAACAAGGGCCUUAAGGGUCUGCAUUCCAAGAAGGACACUGGCCUUAAGAGGGUCAAUGAAGUUUCAGGACAAAGCUCCAAGACCUAUCUGGCUUCCUUCCAAAGAGCUGGCCGUCUUAGAGGCGUGGUUGAAUUUGUGGCCAGUGGCUCAAGGAUGAGAAUCCACAUUGAAUCCGAGUCCUGCGUAAUCACCUUCUUGCUGGCAGGCAUCAGCUGCCCUCGCGGUGCCAGACCUGCUGUCGGCGGACAAGGAAAGGUCGAUGGAGAACCUUUCGGUGAAGAGGCUCUGCAGUUCACAAAAGAAAGGGUCUUGCAAAGAGACGUCGAGAUCAAGGUUGACAGCACUGACAAGGCUGGCAGCAUGAUUGGCUGGUUGUGGGUUGACAACCUCAAUCUUUCUGUGAUGCUGGUCGAGAAUGGGUUGGCAAGUAUGCACAACACAGCAGAAAAGACCGAAUUCUUCUCUCAACUCAAGAGAGCUGAGGAGACCGCCAAGGCCAAGAAAGAGAAGCUUUGGAAGAACUUCGUUGAAGAAGAAAAAACACAUAACGAAGAUGACGCUCCAGUUGAAGACGAGAAAGCUCCUGUCGAGAGAAAGAAGGAGUACACUCCUGUUUACAUCACAGAGGUGGGCGACGAGAUGCGAUUUUACGCCCAGAGAGAGGACCAAGGCUCCAAGCUGGUCGCCAUGAUGGACGAGUUGACUCAGGCUUUCAAAGCCAACCCCCCGCUUGCUGGAGCUUACACUCCUAAGAAAGGUGAUUUGUGCGCGGCGAAAUUCGCUGACAACAACUGGUACAGAGCCCGCAUCGAAAGGGUAGCCAAGGGUGGCAGUGACGUUGAAGUGUUCUACGUUGACUACGGCAACAGGGAGUCUGUUGCUAGCACUCGCUGCGCCUCUCUGCCGUCAGCGUUUACAUCUCCGAAGCCUUACGCCCACGAGUACACUCUGGCCUGCAUCAAGUUGCCUUCUGAUGGCGACGACAGGUCUGACGCGAUGGAGGAGAUCAAGAAAGUGCUCAUCACAAACGAACCAGUCUUCAUCAACGUCGAGUACAGAGUGGGAAGCCAGGAGUUCGCCUCGGUCGCCAGUGACAAGGAGGGCAAGGAAGACCUCAUCAAGUACCUGCUCGAGGAGGGAUUCGUCCUGCUGGAGAACCGCAGGGACAGAAGACUCAAAAAAUUGAUGGACGACUACCGCGCGUCUCAAGACCAGGCGAAGAAGAUGCACGCUCGAAUUUGGCAGUAUGGUGACAUCACUGAAGACGACGCUGCCGAGUUCGGCAUGAACCGCUAGAACCACCGAUCGGACGGAGGGCUACGGUUGCGGCAGGGACGGUGUUGAAAUCAAAGACCCAAAAGCCAGCCUUUCCCGGUUUGCCGGGGGUGGUCGGCAUUCCCUGUGACAAACGCGCCUGAAACCAACGGCAAUCAACAAGCCAACAACAACAUCUACUGCCCCCACCCCAGUGAAAGAAAACAAAAACAGAAAUUUAAUGAUAACGGGAACAGACUGGAGAGUUUGAAACUGAUAAAUUUCCGGCAAAAGAACCCAUUGCAGCCCAAGGAAGCGUUAGUUUUCUGCUGUCCGGCUUUUUAGGGAGUUAUCUGUUUCCGAAAUUUAUUUGUUCAGACAGGAAGAAACGCUGAUUAAAUAGAUGAUUAAGGGAAUACUCCAGGUUAAGAAAAUUUAUACACGCAACACUACCCUUUUCCAGACCUGUACGAAUGUUUGAGUGUCCGUUGUUUUAAGAGCUGUGAUUUCAAAUGAGAACAUUUUAUCACGAUUUGUUGACAUGCCUUUGGCAUUGGACGCCAGAGGCUCUCGAAAUUGUGUGCUUCGUUUUAUGAAUGUGUGAGUCCUCUCCAAGUAAGAAACAAAGUAAACCUAUUCAGCAGUAACGCCUCAUGUCAUUUUUUAUCCACUUUUUAUUUGGUGCCGUCGAAAUUCGCUAUUAGGGCUGCUUGAGAGAGAGCACUAACCAGUGCCUUAAUUGUUACAGUUUUUAAUUGAGAAUCAGCCGUUGGAAUAUUUAUGUUUUUCGUAGACGGACGGACAUGUACUUUUGCAUUGCCAAAUUUGUGCAACCAGACGACUGAUCUUUUUAAUCUUCAUUUGUCUUCAUUUAUAUUUCAUAACCGCAACAAUAUUCCCAGAAGUUUUUGUGGUAGAAAUUGAUCAAUAGCCCCUUUGUUACUCCCAGCCCAUUUUCACUUCAUUUCGAACCACGUUUGUUAUCAAUCAUACAGAUUUGUGCCUGUGGAUAAGUACGUUUUGUUUAUUUUUUCUUACCUUUGCGUUGAAUGAGAAGUCAUAAUAUGUUGAUUUGCAUAUCAGUGAAUGAUGAAGUCCCUGUUACGACCACUGGAGAAACUCGAGCGCUUCCUCUCCUGUAAUCAACUCGAUCCACCACAAUCACUCCAUUAUUUUAGAUGAUAAUUACUGUUUGUUGUUGCGACACAUUGUGGACAAUUUUAGUUUGACCGAUUUAAAACUAUCCCGCUGCCGAUUACUAAUUUUUUGUAUUUGCAUAUUAACCGAUUAGGUUCUUUGUUAUUUCGGGAUAUGGGGGUAAUGUUAAAAUAAAGAGAAAAUGAACGAAA